AUGCCACCGCUAGGAGCAAGCAUUAACUAUGGGGAAAACUUACGUCAUUCUGUUGAUAUUUAUAUUUAUCUUGUAGUACAGUAUAUUAUUCAAUGUUUCAUUAUAAUAUAUAUAAUAGUUCAAGCUCUAUGUUACUUCGAGCGGCUGGUGCUUGUAUUCGUUCGAUUACGUUUACGACCUCGCGUUUGUCCAACGCUACGCGAUGUGUUACCUGUACCAACAGACGAGCUUAGCUACCCUUUUGUCGCUGUUCAAUUGCCGAUGAAAAACGAAAUCGAAUGUUGCGAAGCAAUUAUCAAUCAUGCAUGUAACUUAGACUGGCCACGAAGUCGGCUUUUCGUCCAAGUAGUCGAUGACUCGACGGACGACGAAGCAAAAGCACUUGUCGAGAAAUGUAUUCAACAGUGGGAGUGUCGUAGAUUUCCAAUAGGCAUCUCUCGACGGCCUAAUAAUCAAGGUUUUAAAGCUGGAGCUUUGUUACAUGCAAUGCCAUCCAUUUCUCAGGCCGAAUACAUUGCUAUAUUUGACGCUGAUUUCUUACCGAACAAAGAUUUCCUUCUGAAAACAGUUCCCGCUCUAAUGUAUGAUCCAGCAGUUGCUUUUGUACAGGCACGAUGGACAUUUACAAAUGCUCAAGAAUCAUUUCUUACGCGUAUGCAAGAAAUUUUUCUUAAUUUUCAUCACAAAUGUGAACAAGAGUGCAGAUAUCGUGCAUCGUCAUUUAUUACUUUUAAUGGAACUGGUGGCGUAUGGCGAACAGCAGCUAUUGAACAAGUAGGUGGAUGGCAUACAGAUACACUGGUGGAAGACUUAGAUUUGGCGCUACGAGUUUACAUUAACGGAUGGCAAGCUGUUUACAUGAAGGACGUCGAAUGUCUUAACGAGCUUCCUCCAACACUAUCUGCUUAUCUAUCUCAACAACAUCGCUGGAUUUCUGGUCCAAUUCAGAUAGCGAAAAAACUCACUGGAGAAAUUAUUCGGUCAACACAUAUAUCUUGGUUUGAAAAGCUCAGUUGUCUCUCGUACAUUUUUCGAAACUAUGUUCAUAUUGUGAAUAUUUUAUCAUUUACUGUCAUCACUCCACUCUCGUUAUGGAUAUCUGAAUGGUAUGUUUACACUGCCGUUAGUCUUUACAUUUUAUUUACAGCCACUAUAUUUGUUGUACGGUACACGCGUGAUGGAAUAUAUCUCGCAUUACCAUACAUCUUCUUUAUGAAUGCCAUGUCUCUACAUAACACUUCUGCUAUCAUAUCUGGUUUAUUCAACUAUGGGCUUGCGAAGCAAUGGAUUGUAACACCGAAAUUUGGUAAUGGAAACCAAACAAUGUCUUCGACAAAACAACCAAUAAAACAAGCGAUGACCGUAGCAGUUCAGAAUCAACCGUCAAUGAUAACAACGGUCGUUUCAUCUAAGAGAAAAUCGUGUUUGAAUUGCUUGAAAGUUAUUAUAUCUUUCGCUACUGAUCCACUAAUCAAGAUGAAUCGACGAAUGUGUCGAACACGGCACUCAUUCCGCAUUAGUAAGCGAAAUUUUUGCAUGGCCACUUAUCUGUUUGGUAUUUCAUAUGGAUGCUGUCAAAAAGAUUUCUAUUUCACCAGUAUCUACAUGUUUUUGACUGCUAUCCUGUAUCUGAGCAUGGCCUUCGGCUAUAUGGGAAGAUUCACAUAG